GAAAUCUAUAUUUUUGUUUUCAUUUUAGUGUGAGAUUUAUCUACAUAAUGAAAUAUUCAAAUAAUAAAUAAUCAUGCUGAGUUAUUUAACUUUACAGAUAUUACAGAAAAACCGGUCUAUAACGUGGAUAACGGAAAAUGUCUUCGAUACUCAGGACUUUACACAAACUAUCUCGCAUUAGUUUUAUUUCGAAUAACAAGAAUCUAGUCGUAAAUCCAAUAAGAACAAACGCUAACAUAGCAAACACUUUAAAAUCGCAAAAAGCUAAGAACAAGAAAGAAUCGGUGGAAGUUUUUAAAUGGAUUUUGUUGAUGAUUCCAGUUACAUCAUUCGGAUUGGGAUGUUGGCAAGUUUAUCGCUUACAGUGGAAGGUAGAAUUAAUAGAUCGCUUACAAGCAAAAUCCAAUGCCGCUCCCGUUGAUUUACCAAACAAGUUUGAAGAACUAGAAAACAUGGAGUAUCUGCCUGUAAAAGUUCGGGGCAAAUUCCUACAUGACAAAGAAAUAGCCAUUGGUCCUAGAUCUCUUAUAGAAAAUGAAUCUGCGCUAAGUAGAGUGGGGUCUCUCGUUUCUGAUCCUAAGAAAAAUCAGGGCUGGCUGAUUGUUACACCUUUUGAAGUGGCAGAUUCUGGGAAAGUGAUUUUAGUAAACCGAGGAUGGGUUCCACAGCAAAUGCGACCAAAGGAGAAAAGGGAAGCAUCCAUGGUGGCAAAAGAAGUUGAACUUACUGGUGUUGUGAGGUUAACUGAAAAACGAGCACCGUUUAUGCCUAAAAAUAAUCCAGAAAAAGGCUCUUGGUUUUGCAGAGAUUUAGAACAAAUGAGUGAGCAUAUAGGCUGCGAACCUGUAUGGUUGGAUGUGAGAGGUAUUCCUGACCCUCCUGAAGGCUGGCCCAUACCGAAUCAGACACGAAUAACUUUGAGGAACGAACAUUUCUCAUACCUUGUCACAUGGUAUUCCUUAUCGGCAUUUACAGCAGUUAUGUGGCAUCGAUUUUUCAUUAGGAAACUGCCAUUGCUAUAAUUACUAAUUCCUAUUAUGAAUGUACAGAUGUAUUUAUUAACAAAAUGAUUUGUAGAUUAUUAUUUUUAAGAUAGUUUAAUCACGAAAUAGAAAAUAUUUAAGCAAUAAGCCAAAAGUUGUUUUCAUUUAGAUAAAGCUUGUUCAAGCUGGUGCGAGGAGAUAAAUGUGAUGUUCAUCAUACCUAUCGAUUCUAUUGAACUAAUACAUGGGAUUAGGAUAGUCAUUAUUGUCAGUUAGUGUGGGUGGUUGGUGGACUUGAUAUUAAUCAAUAAAACAAAUGUUUCCAUAUUAAUUGAGAUCUUUAUUUUGGCUCUAUAAAGAAAUGAUCACUUAGUACUAACUGAAGGUACAAUAUUCAAGUCAAGUAAAAUUACAUUACCUAUGACUGUGGAUUACUGCAGAUUCUUUUCACGUCAAGAUAUUAGUACAUUUAUUACUUUGCAUAAAAAUGAAAUAAACCAAGUUAACAUCACAGAAAUAGUCAAUAGUCUGAUGACAAACUGAUUAUCUUACAAAAUAAAAUACAUAAAUAUAAUUUACACAAUACUUUCAUAAAUGCUCACUUAAUUAGUACAAAAGAAAAAAAAGAUUGCAUUAAGUAACAAAAUAGUAAUAAUUAUUUCAUUAUAAGGAAUCUGGAGUUUUCCUUUGAAAUGUUAAAUUUCAAAAGAUGUGCAAUGAUAAGCAUACCUACUUAACGUACACCAGUUACAAAAUCAUACUUUAAAAAUAUCUUGAUUCAAAUUAAUAUUUUGCACGGAAACAAUAAUUAUUAUUAUUUACAUAGUCUCGACUUAUUUUUCAAUGAAAUACUUAAUCUACGUGAUGUGUAUGUAGUGAAGUUCUCAAUACAACUUAAAAUAAUAUUA